AUGAAGUUUCAAACCGCCCUUGGAGCUUUGCUAGCCCUCGCCGUUGCUGCCUCAGCUGCUCCUGUCUCUAGCGUUUCGAAGACCGUGGAAUUAAGCGGCAAUCAACUCAAGGGCGUGCUUAGUGCUCUCGGAAAGGGUGACCUUCUUGCUGCCAAUCAAGUCAUUACUUGCAGUGUCGCUUAUACUCUCGCUCUGAGCACUACCGGGCCCCCCUACACGAUUGACUUGACAACCUUGGACCUUUCGAACUGCACCUACUCUGGUCCCUAG